AUGGAUUCUGCAUCUUUUGCCCAGCCACAGUUCAGAGCAAUCAUGGAAGUAGGAUCUCACAGAAGUGUGAGGAACAGAUCAGGUGCUGUUGGGCUGGAUUCUGUUCUGGAACAUAAUCAUAAUCAUAUGGUUCAAGGAAUCCAUAUUGGCCAUCCUUUUCAGCCUUCUGGCAAUCCCUGGGUUGACCAACGAUCAGGCAAUAAUGGUAGUGAUGGGGGAACUUUGGCCUGGAAUCAUGGACUGCUUUACCUUAUUUGCAUGGGAGCAAUAUCAGUAGAGGUUCUAGAGAGGCUUGGAAUGUGGGUAUACAGGGAUAUCAUGAUACAUCUAGUGGCAGAAGUUCCACCAAUUACCUUCAACCUUCUGUCCUUCACUGGCACCAUAAUCUUCAUUAUCCACCACCACCACCACCACCACUGCUGCAAGGAGCAAGAAGUUGGUGUAGAGGCAGGGCCCAGGCAUCCAGGUCCUGUUCCACCUACUGGGAUUAGAACAUACCCAUCUCAUCGAGGGGGAGUCGUACCUGAGGCAACAUCGAGACAUGGUAAUCUUCCUUACUUGAGAAUGCUCCCAGCAGAAGAAGUUGCCAUACUAGAUCUUUCAGCAUUUUAUGAAGUAGGGGAAGUAAGCACUGGGUUGUCAGAGAAAUCCAUCACAAAUUGUCUAAAAACUAGAACUUAUAUAUCUUUAACUUGUCUCAAUCUGAAAGAAGCUGCAAGUAUGGAUCAGGAAAAUGAUUCCUGCAUUAUAUGCCGGGAGGAGUAUCAGAAUCAUGAGAAGAUUGUAUUUCUUGAUUGUGGGCAUGAGUACCAUGCAGAUUGCUUGAAGAAGUGGCUGCUGGUGAAGAAUGUCUGCCCCAUCUGCAAAGCCCCAGAAAUGACCCCAAAGAAUGUCUGUCCCAAGUAG